GCUGUGGCCACACGACACCGCACGACAUGGCUGUGCCGUGCCGUAGGAAAAGUGGCAGCUAAUAUUUCUCAACGUGAAGUUGUUCUGACGUGAAUUUAACUGUGUGCGGCUUAUCGCGCAGUUUUCAUUGCAGGAAAACAGCAGUUGCCUCUCUCUGGAACGAAGUGUGCGAUUGCAUGUUUCAACCGGAUGUACGGCGCCUUUUUCGCACGUAUCCCCGAGAAACGGUAAAAUGAGGUUCCAGUGUCACAAUAAUGGAAAUGUACUUCAAGAUCAAGUGCAGUUGAAGAAUACUCUUCAGCAGGCAAAUAUUCUGCACAGACAACUGACGGGCUGCUGAUAUGGAUGCUCUCAGGCAGAACAAUCAGCAUGGCAAGGCGACGUCCGCCGGCAACGCCGUGCAGGCGCAGCAGGGCCAGGGCAUGGCCGCGCUGCUCGUCAUGAUGGCCGUGCUGUUCUUCAUCGUGGGCUACUGCUGCUGGGGCGCGCCGUGCUGCCGCGCCUUCUGCCGCCGGCGCUGCUGCUGCUGCCGCGGGGGCGGCGGCGGGGCCGGCGACCUGGAGGCCUCGCCGUCAGACAUCGGGCUGAGCGUGGACCGCGGCGUGGUGUCCACGCCCACCAUCAUCCUGCUGCCGUACGGCCGCAUGCUCGUGGUGGACGGCUCGGUGUUCGCGCAGCUUCAGGCCGACACGCACGGCCUCGACCUCAUCGAGCUGGGGGAGAACGUGGUGCGCGCGCAGCAGCGGGCGGUGCCGGCGCCGCCGCCGCCCGCGUCCUCCGUCACGACGGGCAGCGUGCCCAGCAUCCUGGAGGUGGACUCGGAGACCACCAGCAAGGACGGCUGCGUGUCGCCCGUGCGCGAGGGCUUCUUCCCGCCGCCCACCUACGACUCCAUCUUCGGCGGGGAGAGCCCGGCCGACCUGCCGCCCUCCUACUCGGAGAUACUGCGCCAGCUGCAGUCCUUCGGGAGCGCCGAGCUGGAGCACGACCCCGACCCCGUCCCGCCCGCGGACAGCGAACCGGUCGCCGCGGACGACUACCAACCUGGCGAGAUACGAGAAAGCAGAGUGUAGUGCAACUUCUCCCACACGCGAGGGACCAUGACUCCAGGGGCGCAACAACAGAGGGGGUGCAAGGGUAUUUUGCCCCCCCCCCCCCCCUCUGAAACCUUGAAGUGGGGGCAAACGGGGGCAAAGAAAGUGCUGUGUAAUCAAUUUUUAGAUAAUAAAACUGCUUAAAUAGCACCAUUUUCCACCUUGAAAUACAUAUUUUCCCGGACCCCCCCCCCCCCUCCGCUUCAAUAGGGGGGGAUCAUUGUUUCUUUAUAAAAAGGUACAUUGCCCCCCCCCCCCCCCUCAGGAAAUUUAGUUGUUGCGCCCCUGCAUGACUCGGCUUUGUCGUAACGAUGCACAAUAUAACGCAUUAAUGGACUGUAACAAGAAGCACCUUAACAAUAUCUUACUAACUUUCUUAUGGCAGACAAAUUUUCUGGUAUGCAAAAAUUCUCAGAAAAAAAAAUUCAUAAUGAACACCCCCUAAUUAAUUUUCUAAAAAUCUAUCUAAGCUUUUACAACAAACUCAUGACAAAGGUUUAUUUGAUGUUUGGCAAGUGGUUACAUAAAUGAUCAAAUCGAAAGCCCAGAUUUUAUUAAUAAAUGUAUGGUUACUAAUGAAUAACCUACACCAACUUAAGAAAAUGAUUUGUUAAAAUUAUAAACAAGAGCAAUUAGUUUAGUAAUGUUCUCUAUUGGCAGAAAUCUUGGAAAAGAAUGAUUAAAUGAUAUUAAAAACUAUUUUAAAGAAAUUAAUUUUACUUACAUUUUGAUGCACUCUUACUAAAAAGUAAUAACAACUAUAUAAACCAUCAAUCAUGACUGUUUAAGAAAUGCACACUUUCUCAAACGACAUUGUAGCUGCACUGUUGAUGCUACAAUAUAUUUAAACAAAAAAAAAGUUUAACAGCAAAAAAUGAUGAUUAGAAGCACUAACAAAGAAGUUGAGGUUUCUUAACACCAAUAUAAAUCUACUCUAAAUAAGUAUGUAUAAAAUAAAAUACAAAAUAGAAAUAAUUUUUUUUGUAAAUUUUAGUUGGAUGAUUUUAGACUUUACAAUAGAAAAAAAAUUGAAUAGAAGCUCCAUAGUGCUAGAACUGCAAACAAUUCAAAAAUACUUAUUUUGUUAUAUCUUUAAAACUUAAUUGCAAGUAGUCAAAAAAUGUUUUAUUGCUUCUCUGUACAGUACUAAGACCAAGUGAACUGUAAUUAGCUAUUAGUCACUGGCUUCUACUUGAGGGGCCCGCCUAUUCGGAAGAGUAUUUGUUUUAGUGAGGCAGGAUAAGUGAGUUGCUUGCUGGUGUUUCUAGUUCAGAUUGCCUUUAAGUGCAAGGCUCUGAACUAGUGCAAAGUCUUACACUGGGCAUUUUUUGAUUUUGAGCAGUGACAGUAACGUUAUACGUUAUGGCAGGUGUAAUGCAAGUAAGUCUCUCGAUUGCUUUCAAAUUAUUCUGAAAACAAGUGUUUUAGCCAUUUUCAAUCUUCUGAAAAAAGAACAGUUUAAAACUAAACAUAGAAACGGAACAACUCUUCCACCCAAGUGUAUUCUUAAAUGCUUUUCGGAUAACUUGAGCAGGUAUCAAAUUGCAGGGUUUUUUCUAAAGCUCUGCACACCGUGUGCUGAGGUAGGCGGGUGCCUUAAGAUGCCCUCGGUCAAUUACAGUCUAGUGCUCUGCAAACGAAAAAGCAUAAUUUUUCACAAGGGGAAAAAAAUAGUUGAUCACAGCUGUGAUGCUGAAUUUUUAGAGUAGGUACAGUUUCUCAUCUACUUUCUUAUGUUUAUAGCCUCUAAACUUAGUAUCUUAAUAUUCAUGAAGUUAGUGGGAAAUUCACAAAUCUUAUGAUGGGAAGAGAGUGGAAAAAUUGAUCGGGUUAAUUUGGACGGUGCAUAGUCGCAAAGAUAGUGAGAUUUUCCAGGUUCAAGUUUCUUUGAAGUGCAAGGAAACACAAUGCACAUUUUAUAUUUAUACACCUAUCCCUCACUUCGCACGUCUUCAGGCCGUGAACUCAGUCUAGCCAGUGGCAGGGAAUUUACACAAACAAAAGCAGCGUCUGCCGGUAACUGUACGUGCGUAAUCACCUGAAGUUGGAAUCGUAGUGGAAUUAGGCUUCCAAGUGAGAGCAUAAUGCAUCGUGUUCAAGUAUUUGAGACAAAACUAGAAGUAUUACGGCGCACAGUUUGUCAUGAAGGCCACGCUUAUGUAGGUUGCACUUUUGUUUUAAGCAAGUCAAAUGUGUGCACAAUCGUACGAAAUUACUCUUAUCAAAAGUUUAUAUGUCUGAUGCUGUUGGUUGCAAUAGAGGGAAUAUAUUUGUCAUUAGAUACCGGAAAAGAAAUAAACAGAUGAUUCACAUGGAAAAGGUUGUUAAAUGAAUGUUGCAAUGAAAAAAAAAAAUCAUUCGCCUGACAGGAUUGGUGUGAACCAGGUGGUGAUAUGUGAAUAAGCACUUAGAAAUUUUUGAAAAAUUGAAAUGUAAUUAUCUGGACAGUAAUACCGGUUUCACUGUCAGUAAAGAAUGGUUUAUAAAGGUACGCGACGUGAGUUAAAAGUCACUCCCGGGCAGGCAAGUCAGCCAGUCGACCGACGAUAAAGUACAUAACUACGUAUCUCCCGUUACGCUAUGUCAUAUUUGAUAUACAAAGUGCGAUGGGAGGCAUAUAAAGAAUAAUGGUGUGACAUAUUUAUCGUUGGGUGUUAUUCUACACAUAUUACAUAAAGUCUAUUUUCCUAAACAAUUUUGGAACACAUUAAAUAAAUUAGCCUUGCUAUUUAUGGAAACUAAUGCUUCAGAAUACACGAUUUUGAAUAACACAAGCAUAUUUAGGAAUGCAUUAGUCAUGCUAAGUGAGGGAUAGGUGUAUUGAUACAAAUGCUUCUUCAGAUUAAGUAUAUCAAACCCUUUUUCCUCAAUAGUUGAUUUCUAGCCAAACUUUUUCAUGUUAAAAAAGCCAUAUGUAUGACCACACACCAGUCUUGGCCUUAAAUUAACAGUAAUUAAAUUUUAAUUAAUUUUUAUACUUAAUAAAAAGUAUUAUUCUGAAGAAACAUUUUCAAAAUUAAUACACAAACAAGAAUGCAAAUUUUUAACGAUAAGAGUGCAAAUUAUUCAUAGCUUUCUUAAAUGAAGCUGUUAUAAAAUAACUGACAUCGAAAUACAUGUAUAGUAAUGUAGGCUACCAAUAUGCAACUAAUUUCAUUAAGUGACAGUUAAAUAAACAGUUUUGUUACAAGUAAGACUAUCAUAUAAAUAAAACUCAAAGCUGUGGUUUACAUCAAAAUAACAGACUUGUACCAAGAAAGUACAGUAUAAGCAAGUAAGUAUAUCUUACAUUAGUGUUCAAAAUGGGUUAUUUUUCAAUAUUCCUGCUGAACAAUAAAAUGUUCUUUUUAACAAAGGAUAUCUUAAGAACUGUAUUGCUGCCUUACGUUACUGCAACACUCAUAAAGUGUAAUUAUUAAUACUUAUACUGAUUGAUUGAUAGUAUAUGUAUGUAUGUAUGUAUGUAUGUAUGUAUCAGAAAGGGGAGAUGGAUCCUAUACAUGGUAGAGAUAAUAGUAACAAGAAUAACACUAUGCUUAACAUUUUCAAUUUUAUUGUAAAUCCAAUUUUGAAUAAAAUAUCAUGAAAAUUCUCAAAUAAAA